UCAUUUUUGAAUGAAGAAAGCUAUGAAUGCGGUGGGAUUCGUCUUUCCUUCUCCCCCUUUCUCUUUCCCGAGUCUCCUCUCCGAGCCUUAACGACUAAGGAACUAAGCAUCCAUUUUCGUUUGCUUCGGUUUUAUAUCUGGUUACGAUCAACCACACCUCCUUUUAUUCCAUUUUAUAUAUUUCAUUGUUCUCUUCUCAACACAGAAUAGGAACAGGAGGGAAAAUAAGGAAAAAGAUGGAGUUUUAUGAUUACCCAUCUUCGUCUUCUUCUCAUUUUUCGUUCGGAGUUUGGGUUGAAAGAGUAAGAGAUAUUUGUAGUUCCGCUGUGACAACAGUUCUUGGGAACCUCGUCUCUGCAAUUUUCACCUUCUUUUUUGCAAUGGUGGGUUGUACAUUAGGAGCCUUGACAGGAGCCUUGAUAGGCCAAGAAACAGAGAGUGGGUUCUUCCGUGGAGCCGCAGUUGGAGCCAUCAGUGGGGCAGUUUUCUCAAUCGACGUCUUCGAGUGUUCUCUUGAUCUCUGGCAUAAUGACGAAACAGGAAUUGGAUGUCUCCUCUUCCUGGUUGAUGUCAUUGGAAGCCUCAUAAGUGGAAGACUGGUUCGGGAGCGGAUUGGUCCAGUGAUGCUGAAAGCAGUACAGAGUCAGAUACGUGCUAGAGAAUCGAGCUUCGACGAGGUUUCCAACAUCUUCGAGACCGGCGGGACCAGAGGGUUGUCCGGAGAUUCAGUUGAGAAGAUCCCAAAGAUCAAAGUCACAACCAACAACAAUGUGGACUCCUCCGGGGAGAAGAUCUGUUGUUCUGUGUGCCUUCAGGACUUCCAGCUUGGAGAGAUUGUUCGAAGCUUGCCUCACUGUGGCCACAUGUUUCAUCUACCUUGCAUUGACGAAUGGCUCGUCAGGCAUGGCUCUUGCCCAUAUUGCAGAAGAGAUCUGUAAUACUCCUGGUGUGAAUUACACGAUAAAAAUAUAAAAUAGAGUUUUAUUUGUUUAUUUUUUUCAUUGAUUAUUGUCUGAAUUUUUAGAUUUUAGAUUUUACAUCCAGUUUUCUCCCCUUGCCACCUUUAUGACUAGUCCAGAGUUACCGUUUCAUGACCACGAUAUUGACCGUUGUCAAUAAAAGCGAUUAUGUAUAAAAUAAAUUGAGCUUUUUUUUUUCCCUUUUUUUUGUAGUUGCUUCCAUGCAAAUAUUCAGAAUAAAUUGCAGUAUAUAAUUUCAGCUUAA